AUGGCCAACCAGGCUAGCGUCUCCUUCAAUACCGAAUCACACCCGGUCUCCUCGAGUGUAACUGCAUCCACGACCGUUAUCAACGACCACUGUGCGACACGUCCACGGGUCGUCGACCUUGUCGACACCGCCGACGCGUCGUCCCAGCGCAAAGUGGGUACCUUGUUCGACUCUCAAGUCAACGGCAUGCACGACGAGACCCAAACAGAGCCAUUAGAUUCGGCAACCUAUCAGACACCGCAGGAUCUCUAUGAUCCCGUACAAAAAUACCCCAGACAAAACGUGCAUUCUCGCUUUCAAGGCUCUCGCUGCGAGACCAACCUGUUCACACUACCAAUGGAAAUCCUCGUGAUGAUAUUCGACAAAUGUCAUCAUAUGGACCUUCCAUUGAUACCACUUAUGACGGUAUGCCGUACAUUUAACGAGGUUAUCAAGGGUGCACCACGACUGUGGCGUCGCAUUCUCAUUUCCCUCGGUGCUAUCCCUCCCAGUCUCAAAGCGGGUAGAACUAUGGUCUGCUCAACUGAGAGCUUCUUAAAGACUUGUAUCAACCGCGCACGGGGCUCGCCACUCGAGGUGACGUUCGUUGUAGGGGGUCGUGACAGAUCUUCUCCGCCGGCCGAGGUCAGAAGGUCGAGAUUCAAGGUGUUCAUGUCUUUCUCGGAGAAUAUCUCGUCGCUUGGCCUCACAAUCGAGCCCUAUACGUCCCUUCAGGUCGUCAAAGACUCCUUUCUCGAUCUCUUCAAUCCCUCUACUUCAUUCCCUGAGAUAAGCUCUUUGGUGAUUGUCUCAUCUGAUCUACAACUUGCUCUCUUGGAUGUGCUUCGGCCCCUUUUAGACCAGCUCGAGCGCACUUCUACCAAACUCAAAUCAGUCUCCUUUCACGAGGUGAACCAGCACUUUAUUCUAGCCGCUAGAGAGUACAAGUUCUGGCGCAGGCUGAAUAGCAUCACCAUCCACGGAGACGAUUCCCCUCUUCAUGCUACUGCGUUUGAGGGAUGCAUAGAUCUUCAAUCCUUGACCAUGUCCAAUGAAUUGGUCACGCAUUCAUCCUCCGCUUUGCAACCUCCUCUUCGCAAUGGCCUACUUGGGAUCUCCGACGAAAUAGACAGUGAUGCAACUGAGGGAAGCGGUAGUACAUACCUGCCCGUCCACCCUCAGCGCAAAGUCGUAUUGACGAAGCUGCUGUCGCUUGAAAUUGGAGCGGUUGCAAUCCACAGUCUCCAGGAGCUCCAAGCCCAUAAUUUGGAAUCACUGGUGAUUCAUUCAGCUCUUCCUCAAGACGAGCGCCAACCACCCUUGGCGCCACAUUCCAUUCAUCUUCCAAGCCUCCAGGUCCUCCACGUCAGAGCCUGGAAUUCUGAGGUGAAUUCUAUCUCCGCACCACUUUUGCGUUCUUUAUCCCUCGAAAUCUCCUCUCUCGAACGCCAAGACGCCGAUUCUGCUGUGUUGGGCAUCUUCCAUGGCAAGGAGGGUAUGUGGACUCCCAAGUCUUUAAACAUAAAUGCAAGGAUCCACGAAAAUCAUUACAAGACGCUUUAUAAACGCCUACCUACGGUCGAGAGGUUGGCGAUUACGCUGCCGGGAAAACCGAGCGAGAUUUUCUACAACGCCAUCAAGAAGCGUGGUAUACUUCAGAAUCUUAUUAGCCUAACGGUUGUGUUUCCCCGGCGGCCGGUCCCAAGCCACACCAACGAAGGCCCCAAUGAAGAUCCCUCUUCGACGUCAGCAGCACCUUCGACUCGCAUAGUGAGAUAUCUACCUCUCCAUGAGCAUACCCUCACUAGUGGAAAUCAGUCGCAGCGCAGUGGGAGAGAUACUGUGCUGAAUCCGAUUAUAGGCGGGAUCAAUCGGUUCGAAACCGACGAAGGAGGUCUGAUUGGUGGAGACUUGACGCAACUCUGUCUCUCCGAACGAGUCCGUCCCUCCAUGUGUGAGGUUGCGCGCGUGAGGGCUCAACAAGGGCUUGAAUUCUCCUUCCUCUGUUGCAAGUACAGUGACGAGCAUCUGGAGGAGAUCUACGCCGAGAAUAACAUUUGCAAUGGGUGUCGUAGGAGCGCAUAUUUGAGUCGUUCGCUAGCGCCUACGGACAAUCCGGCAAACAUUAAGGUGAAUCUCGGAGGACAAACGCGGGUGGUACCGGUCGGCGAUGAUCACCUUCCAACGGUUAACCGAUAUUGA